CAUAUCAUCACCAUCAUCACUAUCAUGGCUUCAUCAAAUAGACAUUGGCCUAGUAUGUUCAAGUCCAAGCCCUGCAACACUCACCAACACCAAUGGCAGCAUGACAUCAACCCUAAUUCUCUCUUGUCAAGUGGGUCAUGCCACAGAGCCCCGUAUACAUCAGUUCCUGGAUGUGAAGAGAGAGCUCCUGAGCCAAAGCCAAGAUGGAACCCUAAACCAGAGCAAAUACGCAUACUUGAAGCUAUCUUCAACUCUGGUAUGGUGAAUCCACCAAGGGAUGAGAUAAGGAAGAUCAGAGCAAAAUUACAGGAGUAUGGCCAAGUUGGCGACGCCAAUGUAUUCUACUGGUUCCAGAACAGAAAAUCAAGAAGCAAACACAAGCAACGCCAACUCCAAAACUCAAAAUCUCAGCCCCAACCCACCCCUCCUAACACCUCUGUCGCCGCCACAGCUCCGUCGUCGUCCUCCUCUUCUGAUAAAUCUUCUCCGAAAUCAACCCCUGACAAGUCCUACCCUUUGGAUUCUGCAAAUGUCAUGGACCUACUAAAUUCUCCGACGCCUUCGGUGAACCAGAAUUGUUUUCAGGCUGCCCACGGCGAGUUCUUGCCGGAAGUACCCUUCUUUUAUCCAGCGCAACCCUCCACAGGAAGAUCAAAUUCAACAGUGUUCACUCAAGGGUUUUGCUUUCCGGAAGUAAUCCCCAAUGUGGUCAAUGUCCAUGAUCAUCAGACGGUUGGGACGUGUUCUAGUCUCUUCCUCAGUGAGCUGAUGAUGAAUCAUGGACCCUCAAAGGAGGCUGAAGAUGUCAAGAUCAUGAGGCUUCAACAACAGCUGAGUUACACUGUAACUACAGCUCCAACUUCUACUAGUACUCAAACCAUUGGUCCACCCAGUACUACUCUCACUAUUCCAUCUACAAUCAAUCACUUGCAAGGUGUUGGCUAUUUGGGUGCAGUGGAUCCGGAGAAUGCGGCGAAAUCGACGGUGUUCAUUAAUGACGUGGCGUUCGAGGUGGGUGUUGGGGGGUUUAACGUGAGGGAGGCGUUUGGUGACGAUGCUGUGCUCAUCCACUCCUCUGGCCACCCUGUUCUCACAAACGAGUGGGGUGUCACACUCCAGUCACUCCAGCAUGGCUCGUUCUAUUACCUCCUGCGCACGUUAACUCCAUCACCACUCGACAACACAAAUCAUCUGCUGUCUACUACUGCUUAUGAAGCAAUUGGAAGGCCAAACUGGCCACUUGAGCAGGGUCUUGCUCACGCAGCUCACCAAGAUCAAUUUUCGAAGCAUGAUCUACUUGGUGUUAGGUAUUCAGUAUCAGAUGUUAAUGGCUGCUAG